CUGCCUCUGCCUGGUAGAGGCAGCCUAGCACUGAAGAUCUCCCACGUCAGGACAUCACUGUCACCAUCACCGUGCUCAAGGCCAGAGCCACCAGAAUGGUCCCUGGAGGCCCUCAGAGGGUAGGGGUAGUAGGUUAUGGCCGCCUAGGACAAUCCCUUGUGUCCCGCCUUCUGGCUCAGGGAUCAGAACUGGGCCUAGAACUUGUUUUUGUAUGGAACCGUGACCCUGGACGAAUGGCAGGGAGCGUGCCCCCUGCCCUGCAGCUCCAAGACCUUACUGCUCUUGAGGAAAGGCACCCUGACCUUGUGGUAGAAGUGGCUCAUCCAAAUAUAAUCCACGAAUCAGGGGUACAGAUCCUGCGCCACGCUAACCUCCUGGUGGGGUCUCCCUCAGCUCUGGCUGACCAGACCACAAAGCAGCGGCUCACGGAGGCUUCAAACCACUGGGGUCACACUGUGUUUGUGGCCCGAGGAGCCCUGUGGGGGUCUGAAGACAUUAGGAGAUUGGAUGAAGCCGGAGGCCUCCAGAGCCUUCGAGUCACCAUGGCCACGCAUCCUGACGGCUUCCGGCUGGAGGGAUCCCUGGCUGCAGCACACAGCAGUGGGCCCCGCACAGUGCUCUACGAGGGUCCUGUGCGUGGGCUCUGCCCCUUGGCCCCCCGAAACUCUAACACCAUGGCAGCCGCUGCCCUGGCUGCCCCCAGUCUAGGCUUCGACGGUGUCAUUGGGGUGCUUGUGGCUGACCUUAGCCUCACAGACAUGCACGUGGUGGACGUGGAGCUGAACGGCCCCCCAGGCCCCACAGGCCGCAGUUUCACCGUGCACACCCACAGGGAGAACCCAGCCCAGCCUGGCGCUGUCACCGGCUCUGCUACUGUCACAGCCUUCUGGCAGAGCUUCCUGGGUGCGGUCAGGCCCCUCCAGGGGUCCCUUGGUUUUUGUAUUCUGCAAAACUAACACGUUGGUGUUCCACCCCAGUUUUCUGCCCCACCCUUUGUUUCCACUCGAAGGCUUUCUGGGCCUCUCCCCAGCUCAACUUCUCUCUGAGUCUCAGAGACUCUUGUCUUUCCACUCACACCCGACACCUCUGUCUGAGUAUCCUCUUUGGGUUAUACCACACUACGAUUUCCAAAGCCCACGGUCGCCAUGACCGCCUGCAUGUCUGUGUCGUCAUUCUAGUCUUUCAUUCUCCCCACAGGCUGCUGCCAGCUCCCCUCCAGACCUGGGAUCCACCUCUGCUGACAAGUCUUCUCCCCCACUGCCCUUGCUGUCACCUCGACCACUAUUCUCAGUAAACAUCAGAAUUCUG